UUUUUUUUAUUUUUUAUUAAAAAAAAAAAUGAUAUAAUAACCUGAGAAAUCUCAGGCAUAAAUCUUUCCCCCUUUUUUGUUUUUUAUCUUCUCUUUUCUUAUAGAACCUAAAAUGUCAUAUUCUAAGUCAGUCAUUAUCGUAGGCGCAGGUGUCUUUGGUCUCUCGCUCGCACUUGCUCUCCGUGCCCGUAACUAUGAUGUCGUGGUUUUCGACCAGCAUCCGUAUGAUAGAUCGGCCUAUCAGCCUGGGUAUGAUGACGUUGUCCAAGCUGCCUCCGUUGAUCAUAAUAAAAUAUUCCGAGCGUCGUAUGGGACAAAGGCCCACUACCAACGACUUGCCUUAGAGAGUCGACGAGAAUGGAUUUCCCUCAACGCAGCUAGUAGAGAUUUGCAGAAGGACGGCGCUGACCUAUUCGUAAACUGCGGCAUGCUCCGAGUCCAACCGACCGAUGAACUUGGAGCCCUCGAAUUGGAAACGUUAAAAAAUUUGGAGCGCGAUGGGUUGAGAGACACACAGUUCAUAAAAAGCGACUUGGAGGAUCGACAGCGCGCUCGUAAGCUAGGGUGGCAAUCCAAACUACUUGAAUUCGACAUUCCCGAUGUAUAUCCCGCCAAGACCUUUGAAGCUGUCCUCGACUCGCUCGCUGGGUAUACGAAAUCCAGUGAGGCAUGCGCCCAUUAUCAAAAGGUGGCCUCGAUUCGAGGUGUUAAAUUCCAAUUUGGUCUAGAAGGGACUUUCGAUUCGUUGGUCAAAGAACCUAUCCCAGGGUCGGGCCGAAUACGAGCUGUUGGUAUAAGAACCAAGGAUGGGGUUUUUCACAAGGCUGACGUGGUCGUCAUUGCUGCCGGUUCCUUCUCGACGCAACUGUUCCCAGAGUUGUCUUAUCACCUCGAAUCGUCCGCCGGUAGUGUUGUUACCUUCAAGAUCGAUAAACAUAACACUGUUUUGUGGAAUAAAUACUCUCCUGAACGAUUCCCCGUUAUGACAUGGAAGAGCGCAACCCGUGGGAAAGAUGGUAAAGAUAUCGGAAGCGUAUAUGUCUUUCCAAGAACCGAAGAUGGUGUUAUGAAAAUUGGCUACCGUGGUAUAAAGUUCACGAAUUUCCAGCCAGCCCCCAAGGGUACCCCUUUCACUCAACACGAUCAGUGGUCCGUUCCUCUUCCACCCCUAGAGUCCCUAUCUAUACCACAGCCAGCUAUAGACGCGAUUAGAGCUUUUGUUUCCAUCUUUCUCCCUGAAUUUAGAGACGUUGCAUUUCAUUCGACCAAAUUAUGCUGGUACACGGAUUCAUUGGACAACUCAUUUGUGGUCGACUAUGUGCCAACAUACGCUGAAAAUUCUGUCUUCGUCUGUGCAGGGGGUAGUGGCCAUGGUGCUAAAUUCCUACCUGUUUUAGGCGAGCACGCUGCGGAUAUACUCGAAAAGGGUGAAGAGAGUUCAUCGUAUAUGCGUAAAUUUUGGCGGUGGCGUGAUAAUAUUCCUCGGGGCAAUGGGCUCCAGGAAGGGCCAGAUGGGCCCAGAAAUAUUGGGAGGGAAAGAAUUCACACGUCGGAUACUUAGUUCUACGCCUGUACGAAUUCAUCCGAGGUAUCAUAAUGUAUUUUGAACCAGUGUUGCGGUGCCAUAUAUUGUUUACUUAUAAGAAACGAAGUAAUCUGUUAAUUACGUCGGGUUAGUUAACUCAGAGACUAGCAACUGGUUCCGCCACCGUAGCCGACUAGUACAGCUUGUUAUGGGGAAAUAGUAUUAAUGUGUAGGAAUAGAUUAACUAAUUCAUCCA